ACUGAUUGGCUUUGAACUCUCUAUGGAGGACUACGAAUCACUGGCCUCCAUUCUCCAAUCAGCAGACUCACAUCUAAGAGAGCUGCACCUGGACGACAUCGGGGAGCGUGAUCCUGAUGGUGUUGAUGAUCCUGAUGGUGACGAUGAGGCCAGACUGACUGUUCUCUUUGCUGCGCUGACUGUUGUCCUCGCUGCACUGAAACAUCCACACUGUAAACUGGAGACACUGAGACUGGGUGGCUAUAAACUCUCUGAAGAGCACUGUGGGUUACUGCAUUCUGCUCUCCAAUCAGCAGACUCACAUCUGAGAGAACUGGACCUGAGAGACACUAAGCUGUCUGAUGGUGGUGGGAGGGAACUCUUUACUUCUCUGAAACAUCAGAACUGUAAACUGCACAAACUGCGACUGUCUAGCUUUAGACUCUCUGAAGAGGACUGGGGAUCACUGGCCUCCGUUCUCCAAUCAGCAGACUCACCUCUGAGAGAACUGGACCUGGACCUGAGGAACAGUGGACUGUCUGACGGUGGUGGGAGGGAACUCUUCACUGCUCUGAACCAUCCACACUGUAAACUACAGACACUGAGGCUGUCAUUCUGUAGAGUCACAGAGGAAGGCUGUGCUUCUCUGGCUUCAGCUCUGAGGUCAAACCCCUCCCAUCUGAGAGAACUGGACCUGAGCUUCAAUCACCCAGGAGACUCUGGAGUGAAGCUGCUCUCUGCUAGACUGGAGGAUCCACACUGUAGACUGGAGAAACUCAAUGUGGACCAUACAGAAGAGAUCUGGGUUAAACCACAGCUGAUGACGAAAUAUGCCUGUGAUCUCACACUGGACCCAAACACAGCACACAGAAACCUCUCUCUGUCUGAGGGGAACAGAAGGGUGGAGAGGGUUAAAGAGGAGCAGCCGUAUCCUGAUCAUCCAGAGAGAUUUGAUCACUAUACCCAGGUGUUGUGUAGAGAGGGUCUGACUGGGCGCAGUUACUGGGAGGUAGAGUGCAGUGGGCUGGCUGACAUUGGACUGACAUGUAAAGGCAUCAGUAGAAAAGGAGAUGGUUCUGCCAGUGAAUUUGGAUACAAUAAGAAGUCCUGGCGUCUGACCUGCCGUGGGAAUCAUUACGGUGCCCUCCACAAUAGUCAAUAUACUACAAUACAUGCUCCACACCUCAUCAACCCUCCUCAACCCCAGAGAGACCAGUCCUCCUCCCCUCCACGCCUCAUCAACCCUCCUCAACCCCAGAGAGACCAGUCCUCCUCCCCUCCACACCUCAUCAAACCUCCUCAACCCCAGAGAGACCAGUCCUCCUCCCCUCCAAACCUCAUCAACCCUCCUCAACCCCAGAGAGACCAGUCCUCCUCCCCUCCACGCCUCGGAGUAGGAGUGUUUCUGGACUGGCCGGUCGGCACACUUUCCUUCUAUGAGAUCUACUCUGACACAAUGACCCAUGUGUACACAUUCCAGACCAUAUUCACUGAGCCCCUCUACCCUUGGUUUAGUGUUUCUAAUGAGGGCUCUUCAGUGUCCCUAAGCCAGGUAGAGUAGUCUCCUCUGUCCUGGAGGUACACCUGGGUCUCCAUGGAAACACAGUCACAUUCCUGUUCUAAUCCAACCAUGUGACAUGAUGGAGUGUUGUUGUCAGUGAUCAUGACAUCAGAUAUGGACAUUGUAACAGAUAAAUGUUGUUGUCAGUGAUCAUAACAUCAGAUAUGGACAUUGUAACAGAUAAAUGUUGUUGACAGUGAUCAUGACAUCAGAUAUGGACAUUGUAACAGAUAAAUGUUGUUGACUGUGAUCAU